CUGGUAUCACUGCUUGACCAUCCUCUUCAAAGCCAGGUGAAGGAGUCGACCAGGCUGUCAUAUUAUCUUCUCUCCUCUCUGGUAUUAAUUAAGGAACAUGCCGCAAAAGAAGCGGUCUCGUGUGCCCAGCCGUGCCAAACCUUUUUUGUCAAAUAACCACGUCGGUAAACCGGAUUUGGACCAAGAACAACGCAAGGAAAAGCUUCAACUCCUCCUGGACGACUUUGAUCGCGAAGUUGAGAAACGUGUGGAACAAAUGGAGGCCGAGAUGCUGGCCAUUCAGCAGCACAUCCAACACAUGUUCAAGACGGACCUUCUACGUUAUCCAGCCAAUACCAAAAAUAUGUUGUUGGUGGAUUAUAUGAAUAUGAAUAAGAGAGGAAAAGGUGGAGCUGUGAGAAAUAGUAUGGCUAAUUUAAUCUGUGCGGCCGACACCGUUCUUGAGUCUGCUGCCAAGAAACGGGGACGCAAACCCAAAGUGUUAAAAAGUGACAACUGUGAUGUAUUUAUUAUACCUCCACCUGUACCAAGAAGUACAAGAAGUUGUAAGCAAAAAUCUGUGUUGGGAACAAGCCAGACUGACAACCUACUACCCCCACCCUCCACCUCCAGGGUACAGCGCGCAAAGAAAUGGGAGAUGGGCACAACUCCAUUCAACCAGAACAUCAGUCAGAAGUCGUUGUCGGCAUUAAUGGUGACUCCUAAAUUUGAUCCGCAUACCCCACUUCCUCCUGGGACAAUCAAGAGAAGACCCAAGGUUGGUGAGGUGGCAAUGUCUCUGACUGGAUCACCCCUGCAAGUGUCACCCGCCAUCAAUUGUAAGAUGCGCGUCCAGGAAUUGAUGGCAGACCUUGAUGAUGACAUCACCGAUGAGGAAACCAAAACCCAACUUCAGACAAUCCAUGAGAAGCUGAGCAAAUUCCUGUUCUGUGAAACAGGCAGUACAUUACCUAGUUAAUUGUGGUGAGUUAUGUUGUGGAAACAUCUGAUAGAUAGUACAUGAUGUAGCCUUAUCAUAUUUAUGAAAAACCAUUGCAUUGGAAUUACUGUGUGUAAAUUAUAUUAUUAUUAGAAAGGCUUAAUAACUCUUCUUGUCCAACGUGUCAUAUCUCAUCUGACUUUUGUUCAUUUGACACCUUUGGUAACAAAACUUAUUGGUGUGGUGUUUGUGUAAAAUAAAAGUGUAUACAGUAGUCUCUCAGUAUAGGGGGCUUUAGUAAAACCUCGAUAAAUCGAACUUCAAUACAAUGAACCCUCAAAGAUCUGGACUAAAAGGGGGGACCACCUGUCCGGAAAAGCCGAUUGUCCAGAUUUUCCGGUGAUCAAUAAAUGAUAUAAGAAACACCAAAAAUACAGUACAGGGGCCCCCCUGUUUUGUAUGUGUGUGUAAACACACACACAUACAGGUAAAGGAACUUACCGUGUAUAAACCAUGCAUUUUCCUAUGAUAACAUAAUAAGAAACAGUGUAUCAUUACUAGAGUGAAUGAAAUAAUAUUCCCACAAACAACAAUUGUCAACUGAUAAUGUUUCCCACCUCCUGGGGCACCUGUGUCUUAGUGCGACCGACUGGUCAAGCAGUGCCCACAGGCCUCAAAUGUUCUUUGCUCUGGUUUGGGAAUGUUUCUUAUGGAAACUUCUAGGAGGCUUCUUAACCCAGAAUACCCAAAUUAUUUGUCCGGAUUUUCCGAAAUCUGGAUUUCCCGGGUCCGGAUCUUCGAGGGUUUAUUGUACUGUAUAUCGAAAGUCACUUUUAUUUUUUACUCUAAGGUGCUCUGGUUACCAGAAAUACUAAAAAAAAAUUAAGAAAUGGGAAGAUUAAUAAAUAAAUCCUAUGAAAAGAACCACACUUACUGAAUACUCUACAGUGGUCUAAUCAGAUUUGCUUUCGGCUUACUAAGCAGGCUGGUGCUGAUCCAUUGUUGCCACAUUCGUCAGGUAUAUUUAGUUAUUGAUUCAGUAUUUUGUUAUCAUAUGAUAGGCCCCUUAUGGUUUAUGGUUGAUCAUAAACGACCGUACAGUACUGUACUAUUUUACCAAGUGUUGAACAUAGAUGUUGUGGUAAGCCAAUCAGCUGUUUGCCCUUUGUAAACAAAUGACUCUUGGUGUUCAGUGUGGGAUUCUUUUAGGAUAAUAUUUAAUCAACCUGGUACCAAAUAAACCUAAAUUAUAUGAGAAUUAUGGUGAAAUUGCAUGGUGUUAAGGAAAUCUUGGGGGAGGGAGCCACCCACCCCUACUACCCCCUCAUCUCCUCCCUGCCAGCUGCUCCCAGAUAAACACUCAUCUUCCUCAUACAAUAUACUCCUACACUUAUUUGUUCUUAUUUUUAUCUUUAUAGUACUGUACAGUAUACAGUUUUCUUUAUUCAUAAGACAAAUUCAUUGGUUGCUUACAUAUAACACUUUACAGGAAAUAAUCAUCUGGUGAAAACAGUUGUUGACCAGACUUAAGUGUGAUUUUCAACCCAGAGAGUUCUGUUUCUUAUUUUUUUAUUGUUGACGCAAUAAAUUUUCAAUAACCUUGUUUUACACUUAAAGACCUUAGUUGUUAAGUGCAGAAAUAACAUAACUGAAUUUCUUUAAGCAGUUCAGAUAGGUAUUUACGAUGGGGUUACAUUCCUGAAAAAAAACACAUCACAGGCUGAAAUAUCGUUUGGGAUUGUAGUGCACCGGGUGGCUGCAUGGAUAGCCCACAGCUGACAAGUGUGCUGAGAGAUGCAUUGGCAGGAUUAUGACCACUGUUCAUUAAUGUUUUUUAUUAUCGUAAAUUAGGGGAUGGUCUUAUUACACCACCAUCGUUAAAGCGAAAUAUUAUAGACAGAGAGAUGGUAUAAUAUAGGAUACCUGUACUGUAGGAACUGUAAAUAGUUUAAACUACAUGUGUGUAAUAAUGACUUUUAAAACCUUAAGAAUAGUUAAAAUACAAUGUUAUAUAUAUUUUUUUGCCACAAAAUAUUAAGACUACAAUGAAUUUGGUAUAACUUUACAGUAGUCUUUAACCUGUUUAAUAUUUAAAUAAAGUAAAUAAAGUCUUUUA